AUGAAAUUUAAAUUUGAUCGUGUCAUAUGUGAAGAUUGUAAUCACGAAAUUGAAAAAAUUUUAGUUUUAUAUGUUAUAAGUUUUGAACAAAAACUAGAUAGGUUUUUUGAUAAAAAUAAGAGAAGUUAUAAGUUUUUUCAAAAUCUGAGUCGAGAUACCGGCCCAAACAACGAAACGGUUGAACUUUUAUUGAAAUCUAGUGCGGAAAUAUAUGUUCAAGACGUUAAAAGAGUUGAAAAGACAAUUCGAACCUUCGCCAGUGCCUACUCAGAUACGCAUAAUAAGCUACUUUUACUUAGAUGGUUUAAUGAAAAUAUUUCGCUCAAGGAUAUUAAACAAUCACAAAAAUGUUCAUACGAAUCCAAAAGACAUAAAAGACAUCAAGAGAUUAGAGAUAAUAAUAAUCAAGCUUUGGACGAUUCCACAAAAUAUUUCGGAUCAGCAAUUAAAAGAUUAGAACUUAUCAAGAGAAGAAUGGGACGAAGCGACAAAAAGAGACCUGUUAGCGAAAAAAGUACAAGAGUGUGA